AUGACCGAGCGCAUCGUCGGUCGGCCAUGGACUGCUCAAGAGGACCGUCUUCUUGCCAAUGCCGUCGCAAUCCAUGGAGAGUCAGACAACUGGAAAGCCGUCGCCCACUGUGUCCCGGAAAGGACCAAUAAGGCCUGCAGGAAGCGAUGGCUCCAUUCCUUAUCACCGAAUGUGAAGAAAUCUGCUUGGACGCCAGAAGAAGACCAUCUACUUUUGGAACUCUACAAAGUUCAUUCAACAAAAUGGUCUGUGAUCGCGAGACACAUACCCGGUCGUACCGACGAUGCUUGUUCAAAACGCUAUCGUGAGGCGCUUGACCCUUCCCUCAGACGUGACGAAUGGUCCAAGGAAGAGGACGAUAAACUCUUUGAUGCGUACUCACGUUUGGCUGGGCGGUGGGGCCAAGUCGGCCAGGAGUUACAGCGUAGCGGAUUAGCAUGUCGUAACAGGUGGAGACUUCUUGAGCGAAAAAAGAAACACUUUAACCGAGCCUCAGGGUGUCGCGGUUUCAAAACUGUCGUUGACUAUGUCUUCAGAACCAUCAAGUCCUAUAGAAGCGUCGCUCCCACACCAUCUCACACACCCGUUCCUGCUCAACGUGCGUCGGAGUAUUAUUCGCCUGUUCCUCAUCAUAACGAAUGCCACCAUCAAUUGAUCCGUGAUGAAGAGACUUCUCAAUCACAUCUGUCUCAGGAUUCGUGUUAUCCAACCGCUUCUCAGGGUUCUUCUGCCGCAUUGGUCCCUACGGCACUAGGCCCAACCCACGAGGCGACUGACAGCUACUACGUAGUUCAUCAUCGUCAACAGCUUGAGCAUGAUGUCCAGCAUGUUGUGAUGUCAUCGCCCGAUUCAUCCUCCGUCUGCAGCGUUUCUCGCGAGUAUUUCCCGUCCUCAUCCUCAUCGGACAAUUGUUCCCCCCCACCUGAAGCUCGUGGAGACUAUUAUCAGCCACAGCUCAAAGGACAAUUGCAGCCUCACUUUCAUCCACUAUCGAACGAACCCAAGCUUAACGGGCAUCGGGCUCCUAUGCCUGUUGUUGAUUCAGGUCCACCACCCACCUCACCCGACUUCCAUCCUGCACCAUCCGCCCAGCGUUCAGCAUCUAUUAGCCCAUCCGCGCACACGCGUCUACUCACUGCCAGUGUACUCCCCAAGGCCAUAGGAUCAGGUGCCAAACGCGGUCCUCCCCAGGACACCUCGUCACCGAACCCUGAUGACCCCAAUCCUCGCCCAACUGCACGGCCACGGCAGUCAUUCGCACGGAAGCGUACUGAUAUUCACGCUCCCCUGAGGCUAUCCUCCGACUUGCCCGCCACAAACGACCCCUCUAUAAAGCCAUAUGCGUGCGGUCACGAGAGCUGCUGGCCGGUGACCGCGGGGAGUUCCCUUGCUUGUUACACUACUUCGCGAGGUCUUUCGGACCACAACAAGAGUUCGCAUCCGGAAGACUCUGGGGGAGAGAGGCCGUACAGAUGUGGCUUAGACGGUUGCGGAAAAUCUUGGAAGAGUAUUAAUGGGUUACAGUAUCAUUUACAAAUAUCUAAAGCCCAUUUCCAACACGCUAUUGUGUCAACUUUUGUCACCUCUUACAUCGAUGGCCUCAAUGUGCCCAUUGCGGAGGCAUCUCCUGGCGAAGGUGAUGAUAAGACUAAAAAGCAAUAUUCUUGCCCGCAUCAAGGCUGCCCUAAUCGAUACAAGCAACUCAGUGGACUCCGUUAUCAUCUAGCCCAUGGUCACCCUACAGAUCUUCCGGUUCAGCUGGAUCUGGUACCUCCUGCCCUGAGUCGUAAAUUAGCCGAGAAGAUGCGGAAGGAUGGCACCGGCUCACAACCCCCUGAGACUCAAACACACAAACCUCUUCCUACUCCCGCCCCCUCGCAGAGCUGCUCUCCCGGACAUGUAUCCACAUAA